CUAGGCGUAUGCCUCCUGACGGGAAGACACCUCCUUGCCUAACGCAAAUAAGGCAUCCCACGAUUGAUCGUUGUUGCGGUUCGCGGUCAGGAGGGAGGCCUGCAAUAAGCACAAGGCCCGAUGCACAUUGCAAAAUAAGUUUGGAGCGUGACGAUUAUUCCCGUUUCUCGACAAUACCACACAGGCCCAGCCAAACUUCUCGAGGGUCAACCUUUCCCACUUUAUGGGCGGGUCAUGUGCCAACCGAGGGAAGAGACCGAAGGACAGGUCCGCCAGGAUCUCCAGAAGAUAAACCGGGCGAAUCGUACUUCCAUCCUCCAACUCUAUCGGCUUGCAGGCAGGGAUGGUGGUGUCCGUCAUGUUGGUCACCAAGACACGCACCACAUUGCCGUCGGCGUCGUCUUCCAGCUUCCCCAUGAUUCUGUCCAUGGCCUUGGCCAGGGAAGGGAAGGUGACGGACAGCGCUAUGCUCGACUGAUCUCCUCCCGCAACUCGGGCGUCAAGCCCUCGAUAUACACCCUGUAAGCACAGAACUCGCACAGAAGCCAUCCCCUUUCGGUGUGUCCUUGUGCUGGUGUCUUUGUGCAUACAGACUUGUCUAAUGGAGGCGACUUGGGGUUCCAGCUUCCCUACCGGACCCUAUCGGCAGGUAUACACACAGCGCUCAUAAUGAUCUGUCCCUUGUUUGGUAUUUGUGUCGUUCAACCGACAUUGACAACCGACAUGGAAUAUGGGUACGGAUGUUUUGAUUUGUCGGAGGUCUUGGUAGAUGCCUGGGCGGCCGAGGCGCUAGCCUGUUGGUUGGUGGAGGCAGUGACUUUCGCGGUGGUCUUAGAGGAGGUUCCUGACCAGGCCGCUACCACGGCCUCGACCCUAUAACCAAGUCAGACCAACCCUCAGAUACUCAUCCACUUCUCGUUCGUCCUUUUUCUACGUGUGUGGGGUGGCAGACCUAUCGGGGUCGCCUUUGGUCUCAUCGUUGGACUCGUCGGCGUUGGGCAUGUCAACUUCGACCCAAUCUGAUAUGACCCUGUUCUCUCUCUCGAAAGGCACGGGAUGGGGCCAGCGCAGCGCCACUUCUGCCUUCAUGCAAUCCGAUGGGAUCAUACAGGUGAAGACCUUGUGAGAGUACAUGCCACUCCCACGCAGCGUCCACUCACUCGCACCCAUCACCAUAACGUCCCACCGCAUGCUCGCCGGUCGUUCGUAGUCAUUGACAUCUCGGUCUCGAUCGCUUUCCUCAAUGUCGGUGACCUCUUGGGCGAUCUCGCACGCCAGUUCCAGCCUGUGCUUGUCAUAGAGGCCUGCGGUCACGGUCAUGCCGUAUCCACUUUUCACCACCUUCAACACGCCACGGCAGGCGAGGGGCUUCAGAUGGCCGAAAGCACGGUAGGCCUGGAAGAGCGUAUCCGUCUCUCCCCACACCAACGCCGGCGAGAAGACCGCAGGUGGGAUGAAGCCGAUGCAGUUGACGUCGGUGAACACCGACUUGUCAAUGAGGCUGAGGUCGAGCCCCCAGAGGCGAGACCACUCCGGGUGUGGUCUCUCGCCUCUGAGGUGAAGGAGUGCAUCGAGGCUGACGACGGGCAGCUGCUCAGCAAGUACUUCUUUCGGUUCAAGUUGGUGUCCACCCAU